AUAUAUAUAAGCGCGUUACAUAAAUCAAGUUAAAUAUCAGAGUUAUUUUACUGAGAUAGAUUGCUUUCCUUACGCUCUCGAAAAAAAAAUGAGACCAGAAAUAUUUAUCGUUCACUUGUUACUAUUGGCUUCAGGAGAAUUUUUUCAAGUCGUUUACAGCACUUCCUGUUCACAAACGACCCUUAAUUGUAGUUUUGGGACACUGUCUUACCGUAACAUUGAUGGCUCUUGUAAUAACUACGAAGCACCCCACAACAGUUAUGGCAAAAGUAACACACCUUAUGGUCGAUUCUUGACUCCUUUGGGGCCAGUCACUCCUCUUCCUUACAAGAGUUAUCGUGGUUACGUUCUUCCUAAACCUCGAGUUCUGAGUCAAGCCUUGUUCACUUGUGGCAACACUGUCAAUGAAAGUACACUUACUCACUUGGCGGCCAAUUUUGGUUUGUUUCUAAUGCAUGAUAUGUUUUCCACCAAAACUACAACAGACUCUUGUUGCACUGACAGCUGUCUUGGAAUUGCAGUAGAUGCCGCACAUCCUCUGACCUCACCAUGUAGCGAAUCUUGCAUACCUUACCACAAACCUUCGCUUUCUUACGAUCUCAAUUGCUUAAUGGGCGAAAUCAACGGAAUAAACUUAAACACUCAUUAUAUUGAUGCUUCACCAAUUUUUGGUUCUACUGAAGCGAAAUUUAAUUCUCUUACUGAUACAGGAAAAAAACUGAAAAUGACGAACAAUUUUCUAGAGAUAAAUUCAGCAAAAUUCAUUUCAGGUGAUGAGCGAAUCAAUGAACAGCCUUUAAUCAUGGCAGUAUAUCACUUAUUUGCUCUUGAAUACAAUAGGAUAGUUACUAAGAUGACUACAAUGAACAUCCCAAGCGCCGCACAACACGCAAAAAAAAUCUUAAUAGCCGAGUUACAACAUAUUACUUACAACGAGUUUCUUCCAUCUUUGCUUGGUCAAAGUACUAGCGUGAGAUCACAGAGCAGCGGGUAUAUAAAUUAUGAUCCCACAAAGAAGACUGAAAUUUACAAUUCCUUCUCCAUUGCUUAUAAAUUGGCUGUGUAUUCGAUGUUGAGAAGUAGUUACAAAGAUUCUAACGGUGCGGACAUUCAAAUAGGAGCUACCAGACAAAAUAGUGGAUAUAUGGACACUGAUGCCAAAAGAGACAAUAUCAUAAACCGUUUGUUAACUGACAAAAGUUCAAUGAUUAAUAACCAUUUUGCUUGCAUCUUUAUCAAUGAUUGUCCGACAAAUCCUUCUCCUUCUGGCGAUAUGGCGGCUAGUGCGAUUCAAGACAGCCGAUAUAUGUCAAUCGCUCCAUACUCUAUAUGGUUGAUAGUAGCUAAUGCACCCAGUAACCCUAAUCUUCCAUACCACACUCCAGCCGAACGAACCAAACUGACAGAUAAUUAUAAAAAUUUAGAUGACAUUGAUUUUGCUUCUGCUGUCUUAUCCGAGACACUGGCCGGUGACGCAAUGGUUGGCCCAACGCUGAAAAAAUUGUUCGAAGAGCAGUUUAAAAUAGUGAAGGAAGGAGACAGGUUCUAUUAUGAAAAUUUCCCCGUGUUUACUCCAAGUAUCCUGGAUAUCGUCACCAACAAAUCUGAUAAUUUCCUUACUGAGAUUCGUGUAAUAAAGAUUGGUGAUUUAAUUAAAAAAUCUGCUCUACUGAAGACAACAAGGAUUAUUAUUUGUUGCAUUGUUAUUGACUGGCAUAGCUAUCGUUCUUCAAGGUUGCCUUGUAAACAGCUGAAGUAUGCUGCGACAGGUAUCAAUCAUGGUAUAAAUGACGUCACCCAUGUAAUUGAUGCUUCUUUUAUGUUUCAUGAUACGCAUUUAGAAACAAACUUAAUGAACGCUGACGGGAAGUUUAAUCUGAAUUCAGGAUUUCUUCCACAAGCAGGAAAUAAAUUUAAGGGAGUUGGAGAUACUAUCAGUGAAAACCCUUUACUGAUGGCAAUAUAUCAUGUGUUUCUUCGUGAAUACAAUAAACUUGUCGAUAAAAUGAUCGAAUUUGGUUACGAAAACGCCUCGGAAGAAGCAAAGAAAUUGCUGAUUGGAAUAUUUCAACAUAUUACUUACAACGAAUAUUUACCAAUGUUACUCGGUGUCGACACUCCUCUUAAAUCUAAGACUACUGGAACCCGCACUUACGAUAACCAAAAGCUACCUAUGGUUUCACAUUCUUUCUCACUUGCCUAUGAAUUAGUCGUGGCUUCGAUGUUGAGAGAAUCGGUACAAGUUGCUCCAAAUACAAAUGAAAAUUUGAUUGAUAUAAUAAAAGACGCAACAAAAGUGGAUGACGAUACUGAAAUGACAAAUAUUGUCAAAGGAAUGCUGGAACAGGCUAGUUUGGAAAUUGGGAAUAAAAUACCCUGUGCUUUCCGAAACAAUUGUAACUUUUCCGAUGUAGUGGCAACUGUAACCCAAGAUACACGUUUUUACGGAAUACCUCCAUACAUCGUUUGGCUGGCAAUCAUAAACCCGCUUACAAAUAUGUCGUUUAAAGCAUUCCCACACCAUGAUACUAACGGAAGACAACUCUUAGAAACAAUGUACAUAAGUGUCUUCGACGUUGAUUUUUUAAGUGGAAUGUUUACUGAGAAAAAAGAUCCUAACCUGAAACUCAGCCAAACAUUAAUGAGACAGUUCGAAGAUCAAUUUUCUACAUUGAAAGAGGGUGACAGAUUUUAUUAUGAGAACGUCAAUGAAUUCCAGUCCAACCAGCUUGCAGAGAUCAGAAAAGUGACGAUGGCUCAGCUAUUGUGUCGCAACGUAGUCAAUCUAGAUCAAGUAAAACAGUUUGCUUUUAAUAAAACUUCAUCUGUUAGUAAAUUGUCACCCGAAAAGCAAACUUCAAUUCAUAGUUCUCGUGUUCCAGAUAAAAGAUGCUUGAAUCUAUUUGUUACCUUGCGCAGCAAAACACCGGUCCCAGUGUUCCUGCCACUUAUGGAAUCUGGCCUAGAAGUCGUUCUUCGCAAUCGAGUCGAGGGCCUUCUGCGAUUCGCUCUGGAUUUUGAUAACAGAGUUAAAACGCGACAUUUGAGGCCCGAAGUCAGUUGCUCUAGUAUAACGCAGAUAGAUUUUUGUACGUAUGCCGGAGUCAGUAAUGUAUGGACUCCUUUUCAAGCAUCUUUCUCUCAGUGUGACAAAAUUAAAAUAGAGUACCGUACAUGCCAGUCAACAAAACUAGAUUUAUGUCCUUGUGAAGGAGAUCCAUUUAAGAUACAAAGUUGCCCGGGACAAAUGAUCACACCUGACGGCAUCGAAAUAUUUAUAUAUGAUCAAAUGUUUGGAGGUGUGAUGUUAUAA